CACAUUAUUUAAAAAAGAUAUAUAUAUGUAUAAUAUAAUAUGUGUGUAUUUUUUACAGUUUAUUUAAGCAAGGUAAAUCUGUUUUUGGCUUCUCGUCGAAGCCUCGUCCGUUUUGUCCCUCCGGGCUGGCCGUAGAUGCGCACAGCGGCUGUGAGCGUGUGUCACAGCGCGACGUGCCGAACUAAAACCAACCGAGCUGUGCUGAAACUUUCAAGUACCGGAAACGCUGCGUUACGCGUUGAGUGUGUUACGCGAAGUCAAAGUGACCGCAGUCGCACACCAUUGACGUCAUACACGGAGCAAAGCCAAGUCCCCUCAAUGGGUUUGCUGGACGCUCUGAGAGCUGCGACAUGUCGCCUGAGUCCGCUCUCGGCGCCCAGGUCGGGGCUCUCCACCAAGGCCUCACCACCGGGGGACCGGAACAUCCUGCUCAUGGGCGCUCCCGGCGCCGGGAAGACCACGGUGGGGAGGAUAGUGGCCCACAGGCUGGGACUGCCCGCCGUCGACGUGGACGACGACGUCUUGGAGGCGGCGUGGAAGAUGCCCGUGGCCGCCAAGCUGGCGGCGGUUGGCGGCGAGCGUUUCCUGGAGGAGGAAGGCCGGGCCCUGUGUAACUUCUCCGCCUCGGGGUGUGUCGUGUCCCUCACGGGCUCCAACCCUCUCCACGCCGCGGCCAUGCGUCGCCUCAAAGAGUCCGGCGUGGUGGUCUACCUGGACGUGGACGGCGAAGACGUCAUGCGGAGGCUCGCCGGGAUGAAGGUGAACAGAAUCGUGGGUCAGGAGGCCGGGGUGUCCAUGCGGGACAUCCUGCGCUACAGGAGGCAGUUUUAUGAGAAAUGGCUGGACGUGCGGGUGCUGUGCGGGGCGGGGGUCACGGCGGAGGAAGUGGCGGAGAAGGUGCUGAAGGCCGUCGCCAGGUACCGCGACCCCGCCGCGGAAACCUUCGCGUCGACCCGGAGCGACGGCGCGGCGCCGUCCGAUGGAAGGAAGCGCUUCAGCGACGUGGUGAUCGAGGGCCUGGCCGCGGACGGGGGCCUCUACGUCCCCAAAAGGGGCUUCCCCAAGAUGGACGCCAGCGAGUGGCGGAGGCUGGUCGACAUGUCGUACCCGGAGCGGGCGCUGGUGCUGCUGGAGCAGUGCAUACACCCGUCGGACGUCUCCGCCCCGGAGCUCAGGAAGAUGACCUUCGAGGCGUACGGGUCGAACUUCUCCAGCGAGGCCGUGGCGCCGGUCAAGCAUCUCGUCGGCAACCAGUACGUCCAGGAGCUUUUCCACGGCCCCACCGCCUCGUUCAAAGACCUCGCCUUGCAGCUGAUGCCCCGCCUCUUCGCCCACUGCCUCCCGCCGAUGUGCAACUACCUGGUCCUGGUGGCCACCUCCGGGGACACGGGGAGCGCGGUGCUCAGCGGCUUCGGCGCCGCCGCAGCGCUCAGGACCGCGGUGCUGGUGUUCUUCCCCGAGGAAGGCGUGAGCGAGACCCAGAAGCACCAGAUGACGAGCCGCGCGGAGGGCAACGCCAGGGCCGUUGGCGUGCUCGCCGACUUUGACUUCUGCCAGAGGAGCAUCAAGAGGAUGUUCGGCGAGUCGGGACUGACGGGGCACCUCGCCGCCGAGUACGGCACGGUCCUCAGCACCGCCAACUCCAUCAACUGGGCGCGGCUACUGCCGCAGGAUGCAGCGGGAGGUGGCGGCCGGCUGGUGCUCCGAGGCCGACUGCUUGGCCGCCAUGCGGGGCGUCCACGCGCAGACGGGCUACCUCAUGGACCCGCACACCGCCGCGGCCAAGGCGGUGGCCGACGGGCUGCAGGACGGCUCCUGCCCCGCGGUGCUCUGCGCCACCGCCCACUACGGGAAGUUCGCUCCCGCCGCCUUCCAGGCCCUGCGGCUCCGGGACGUCCCGGAGGAUCCCGCCGGGCAGCUGAGGCGCCUCGGGUCCACCGCGUCGGCGCCGGAGAUGCACGGGGGCCUGAUGCGAUGCCUGGAGGCGACGGGCCGCAGGCCGCACGCCGUCCGUCGGGCGGAUUACGGCGUGCUGGUUGAGGAGGUGGAGAGCAUGAUUCAGGACUCCUUCUUGAAAGUUGUGUAGGGUCACGUCCUCUUUCCGCCAAUGGACGUGUCACUUUCGAGCUAAUUCAAGAAUUAAUGGCACAAUAUUUCUGUAAAGGUGCAAUAUUUGAAGGAAUGAACAAAGGGUCAUAAAAUGUAUUGAAAACGUGUCAUUUUAAUCCGGCCUGCAGGAUUAAGAUAAAAAACAACAACCACACAUUAAACUGUAAUAGAGCUCUAAACUCGUUUUAAAGCUUAUUGAUUAUGCAACAUUUCCUUACAUCAUUAGCCAGAGCCCCGGCCCACUAGAUGGGGAUGUCUACCUCGGGGGCCACUGACGUGUGGAAACGCUUGUGGGGGGGGGGGGUAAUAAUUACCAGCCAAGUCUGAAGGUCAAAUAAUCGCGUAAAUAGCUUUGCCGAAUCAAUAUGUGCAGUCGGGGGGGAAAAUCCUCUCGGAGAUAAUUCCACGCCGGUGCGCCGCGGUGUGACCGGACGGAUUUGUGCCGCGUGAUGAUUGGCGUUUGAUGAUUGCAUAACAAACGCUUUGUUUAAAUCAAGCCUCUUUCUCAUUACUCAAACUCUCCCCCCGCUGACGUGGUGGUUAUGAGCGCUGCGCGCCGGGUCUCGCGGCGGCAUUAAAACGCAGCUAAUGAUCGCAGCUCACGGCCCACUAAUUGCCAUCGGGAAGCUGCAGCAUCUGGUCCACUCGUGGAAUCGGAGUCCACUGAAUCAUUAGCUACCCGACUGAAGGUAGAAGGGUGGUUAUUAUUUCAUUUAAAAAAAAAACACUUUUGAGCCACACCGCUUCCUCUCCUUCGUGAGCUUCUCGUCCACUAACGUUUAGGAACUUCUAUUCUUGAAUAAGACAGUAAAAGUUCUCCGCUGAGAGGAGCAGCUUGACCAUGUGGGGAGAUAAUGCUUUGCAAAAAAAGCCCUUUUUAUCCCAGGAAGUAUACAUUUUACAUUAUGCUCACAUUUUGAGGUUAAGCUCUUAUUUUCUGAGGAGGAACAGAAAUAUUUCCCUCAUUUUUCCAACAACACAUGCUAAGUUCCUUCAAAAUAAACUUCUGUUUGUUUAGAGAAAGAACCACAUUGCACUUGUUUGCCUGUCAGAAGACGCAUCCCAUAAUACCAAGCACAGUUGGCCUGACUGUGAUUUUCCACCAUCCACAAGAGGAGAGGCGACUCCCGUCGCCAUGGCGAUCGGUGGACUCCCCAGAAGCAGGUGCAGCCUCUGCAGCGGGGAGGAGGACGACCUUUCGUACGUCUCCAGGAUCACUCGUGACGGCAGUUGAUUUCCCCUCAUUUUGUAAAUCCGUGGCGUCUUUUAUUUUCCCGUUGGAGAGAACAACAACAACAACAACAACACGGCGAGCGACAAACAAACACAACACAGCAGCAUCUUUGUCUCGGAUGAUCGGGGACGAGGAUGUCAGUCUCUGUGGUUCCUCCUCCCGGAGUCGACAUCAAUCACAACUCCUCUCUUUCAAUCGGCUUCGACGUUUCCCCCCCCCCCCCCCCCCGAUCGCCCCUUUGACGCACUUGGGGCUCCAUUCUUCCUCGCUUUUCCUUUUUGCCGUGCGGGAACACACGCGUCACGUGACUCACACGCUGGAGGCCUCCGCGGCGCCGACGCGGUGCCGCGUCUCUCCUCGCCUGCGUGUCUCUGGUUUGCUUCGCUGGGAGCUUUUGGCCUUAUUAAUCAAGCUGCUUGGCAGGUGAGUGUGAGGAAAGAGUGUGUGUGUGUGUGUGUGUGUGUAAUGUGAAGGGAAAGCGAGAGCCAGCUGUUGCUCGGCACCCAGUGGCCCACGGCUGAGUGAGCACGGAUAAUUGCAGGUACCAGCUUGUUCCCAUCUCCUCGAUGUGGACCUGUGGCGUGAUGGGGAGGAGGAAGAGGAACGCGUCGGGGAGGAAGAGCCGCUGAAGCGCAUUGAUUUCGAGCUUCUGCUUCUUGGCGUCCUCCUCUUUGUUCGUGCUUUUUAUUAAGUGUUUGGCGUCACUUUGGUCUAUUCAAGGUCUCCCUGCGAAAGGUGAAAACAUGAAAUAUACUUUUAAAUCAUUUCUGCCAACUUUGAUUUAUCAAAAAAUAUAUAGUAUCACGUUUGUUGUCGUGGUUACAACAGGGUUUGCAGCCAGUUUAAUUUCUUCUCAUUCUCCACAGGUUGAAAGGACGGAACCGUUUUCUUUUAUGUAUUGUGGUACGUUUCAAAGUGAAGAUAUACUUUUGCCCAUAAUAAAAAAAAAAUAGA